AUGUCAGACAUACAACUGUACCUCCUCGAGGUGGACAAGAAUCAUGCCGAAGCUCGCAAGAUAGCAGCCCAGAGUGCCACAAAUUUCGCAAGCAAGCAAAUCAAGCUCAUUGACCUGAUAACGAGUCUCGAGGAAUACAUCAACAACAAAGACGACGGUGGCAUACGAGCCAAGGCCGUCAGUUAUCUGGCGGAUGUGUUAGAGCAGUUACCUUCGAAAUGUCUCUCAAAUCAGGAGAGACGGCUUCUCUGCGACUUUGUCCUUGGCAGGAUCGAGGGCGAUGUCGAGGGCAUUGGUGCGUCGGCGAGGGCUUUGCUCGCACUUGAAGAACGAGGCAAAUGGGACGCAGAGACAGCGCAGAACGUGAUGCGGACGUUCAUGGACCACACGCACCCGAUUCGACAGUUCAAGCUGCAGACCGAAAGAUAUCCCGUUAUCCGACUCAUCGAUCGACUGCUGGCCAAGUACCGGACUGCCAUGAAGCAGAUACACGGAAGUGAUCCCAGAUUCUUGGAUAGCUUCAUUUCGUACUUUGACGGCGAGAAAGAUCCAAGAAAUUUGAUGAUCAUCUUCUCUUUGAUGCAGGUGCCCAUGGCAGAAUGGGACAUCUCAGCCAACGCACAGGAUAUGUUCGAUGCCGUCUUCAACUACUUUCCCAUCACUUUCAAACCUCCUCCGGACGAUCCGUACGGUAUCACUGCCCAAGACCUCAAAGACAGGCUGAAGGACUGCAUUGCAGCCAACUCUGACUUUGCCCCUUACGCCUUUCCUGCUCUGCUGGACAAGCUGGACUCGACAUCCAUGAACACUAAGCGAGACGUACUCCAAACUGUGCAGGCAUGUGUCAUUGGGUACGGAGCGAACACGGUCAACCUUUACUCUGUCACUUUGUGGGAUGCGUUGAAGUUCGAGAUCAUCAAUGUGCAGGAGGAGGAUCUUGCGCAAGAAGCAUUGAAGGCACUGGCAUUCAUUGCCGCAAAGUUCGCCGGCGCAGAAGGACCCCUGCAAUCAUACUUGCGACCCAUCAUAAAGGAGUGUAACGAGCACCUGGAGGACGCCCCUACUAAGCAAUCCCAAGGUGCCGGCCGCAUACUGCAUGCCGUGUCGCAGGGUGGUCCCGAAGUGGCGGACAAGAUUGCGAAGGGUAUUCUGCCUGUACUCUUCUCUCUCUUUCAAUCUUCAGAGUCCAUCACCAAGCGCAGAGGACUGCUGGAAGUAUUCAACCAGAUUAUUCAAGCCUAUAAAGAAGCCCAGGCGGCCGGCAUCAUUGGACAGGCUGAAGCAUUGCAAGCGUUCGCAGAUGAUGCGCUAGACGCUCUAGUACGUGCUGUGGCAAACGCCCCCAAAGCAGAAGUCUCGUUCCGAUUGACUGCUCUAAGCGGGUUGUCGCAACUGGCCAGCGUCAGAGGCGCUCUUUCGGAGGUGCAGACAGCUCGUACAGUGGAUGCCGUUGACGAGAUAAUCCUACGGGAGCGCGUGGAAGGCCAUGGCGAUAUCAGCAAGGAUGCUAUCAAGGCCCUUGUGGAAUUAGCGCACUUUGUGCCAGAUGCGGUGCGCCAACAGGCAGUCCCAACUUUCAUGGUAGAGUUGCCUGAUGUGCCGGGUGAGCAAAGUACAUGGCAGCCUGUGCUUGUGGCUUUUGCGCAGUUGAGUGCAGAGCAGCAGAUGUUUGACACAGUUGUCGUCCGGAUAAAGAACAAGCUCGAUGCUGCCCGUCGCCAGAACGCUUCACGCGAGUACCAGCACGCGCUCUUGCUGGCACUACUAUAUGCCUUCACAUUCGGCUCGGCACUUCAAGAGGAUGGUGUCAUAAGAAGCAAGUACUACUCCGAAUAUGCGGAGCCACUGAUCACUCAUGUACGUGGCACUUCACUAUCUGAGAGGGAUGAUAGCACGGUUGAGAUUGUUGGACGAAUUGCAAACAUUGUCCUCCGGCAGCAGACUCCGCACUUCCAGAGCACUGUGUACAAUCAGAACCUGGAGUGGAUGUCGCAUGCAACGAAAAGUGCACCGGAGGCGAUGGAGAGCAUCAGGAGACUUGCUCCAUUCUCGCUAUACUACUACGCAGCAAUACGACCCGACAUUGUGGACCCGAACGAUAUCCUGUCACUCCUGCAAGCACAGGCCAGUUACUUACUGAGUGAUGAUCAAGAUGCCGCCGGUAGUGCAAUCAUAUUACGACAACUGUCGCUCGUUAUCAACAAGUUCCUCGAGCCGAGAACAAUGCAGGAGUCCUUGACCGAUUCUGGGCUAGAAGUCGAGCUGCUGCUCAGCGAAGAGGCCUCUUCGAAGAAGAUAGCUGUAGCGUUCGCAGUCGUGAAAGCCCUCAUGAUCCAAGGCAGGAGCGGCGCACUCACCACGAAGUAUACGCAGUCGCUGCUACGAAGGCUCUCUACAUCCGACAAAGCAUUUGCGAGGCGAUUUGCAGGACUGCUGGCACCCGAUGACAUCCUCACAAAGGAGAAUCACUGCAUCGUGUCCGCCCUUCACAAGCAGAAAACGUUUGGUCAGAUGGUCCCCGCCAUUGUCGACAGCGUACGAAGUGCAGAUCCAGCAACCAAGUCCAACUACCUCAUCGCAUUAUCAGGCAUACUUCGAUGGCUGCCAUAUUCGAUCAUAGAGUCAUCGCUCGCUUCUCUCGUACCGGCACUGCUACAGAGUUUGGAUCUCAACGAAACGGCAGACCAGGAAGUAAAGUACCCAACUCUCACCGUCUUCGAGUCCCUGCUCAUGCAUGACCCGAACAUCGCGGCUGAGCAUACUGCUUCACUCAUCACGAGAUUACUCAAUUCAACUUCAUCUCCGGGUAACGUGGCGAAGGUGCGAGCCAAGGCUCUUCAGUGCCUUUCACUGGUACCGAAGCAACUGAAGCCCGAGGCUGUGAUUCCAUAUCGUCGGCCUGUAGUCAAGAAGCUCCUAGGAUGUCUCGAUGAUGGCAAACGAGAUGUACGACACGAAGCAGUGAAGUGUCGGACCGCAUGGCUAGCCCUGGAGGAGGCGAAUGAGGACGAGGAAUGA